AUGAUAGUUGCUGGCCUUUCACCCGAAUCAAAUACAAUACAAACAGUCAAUACAAUGGAUAGAACAGUGGUCAUUGAUGAAAUUAUAAAAUUAUCAAGAACAUCAUCUCAAUCGAUGUCUAUUAAUGAUAAUUCUAGUUCAAUCACUUCGAUUAAAAUUCCACUUGUAUCAUUUGAACCAAUUUUGACUUCAUCACCAAACUAUAUUCUUGUGAAUGAAUUCACAAAAAAAAGAAAUCAACUUAUACUCAUUGAUGAUCAUCUUCAAAAAUAUAUUAUACGUUCUUCAAUAAAAACAACUGUAAUUGAUGCAUUAUGGUAUGAUAAUCAACAACAGUUUCUUCUUCUUACAUCAACAAAUAUUUUUAUAUUUGAUCCAAAUACAAAAAAAAUUGAAAUAUUACAUGAUAUAAUACCAAUAGAAAAUAAAACAUUUAAAUGCUUUACAUUAUUAAAUCAAUCUACAUUAUUAAUUGCGUAUAAUGAAUGGAGUCCACAAUAUAUUGAUAGAUGGGAACAAAAUAAUGAAAAUGGUAUAUGGAAACUUAUUGAAAGACAACCUUUAAAAUUAACUUCGAAUGAAUU